GUCCGGCCUGGCCUACCGGACCUGCCCGAGCUCCGUCGGCCGCGGCUGUGCUGGGCUCCCGGCGCCGCCUCCUGCGAGCCCGCCGGGGGCUGCGGCGCUUCUGUGGGUGGGGGAAGGCUGGACUGAUGCAGAGAAAGCCAGUUUUCCAGCUGGAGAGAAGAGGCUGCGCGGAUAGGGUUGAGGAAGCAACCAGUGCGAAGGCCGGGUGGCUGGAGCAGAAAGAAAAAGGGACAGAAUGGUCUUUGUUGGAGAAGUGGCGGGACCUGAUGUUGCAGAACCUUUUAACCCAAGAUGACAACAGCAACACGCCAAGAAGUCCUCGGCCUCUACCGCAAGAUUUUUAGGCUGGCAAGGAAAUGGCAGGCAGCAUCAGGGCAGAGGGAAGACACCAUUAAAGAAAAGCAGUACAUACUCAGUGAAGCCAGAACCCUGUUCCAGAAAAACAAAAAUCUCACGGACACAGACCUGAUUAAACAGUGUAUCGAUGAAUGCACAGCCAGGAUUGAAAUUGGACUGCAUUACCAGAUUCCUUACCCAAGGCCAAUUCAUCUGCCUCCAAUGGGUCUUGCACCGCUGCGAGGCCGGGGACUGAAAAGCCAGGAAAAACUGAGGAAACUUUCCAAACCAGUAUAUCUCAAGUCUCAUGAUGAAGUUUCCUAGCCCAGAAGAAAGUUUAUUUCUGAGAACACUGAGCCAGUUAAAUUCUGAAUAUAAACCAGAUGACAAACCCUUCUCCUAAAGUCGGGGGGCAGGGGCGGGAAUCCCAGUGUCUUCUUCAGACCACUAACAUACUGGUCCUGACUCUAUGGAUGCACUCUGUCAGGGUCUUGCUCUGCAUGGACAACACUAACCCUGAAGGUCAUGGACCCUACACACUCCCUCACUGUAGAAUCAUCUGGAAACAAGAUUAAGACCUGUGUGAGAAAGACCAGAGGAUGACAGCCCGUUCCUUAGGAAUGCCAAUUGCCAUACACGCUCACUGACAUGGACCAACCAGUCAGUUGGUAGCGGUUCACACGAUUACUGUAAAACUAUAAAUACCCUCAUAAUAUUUUUAGACUUUUUUUUUUUCCAAUUUGCGGAUUUGCUUAAAAGUGGGGUUUGUAUGUGUCUCUGUCAUCAUUUUACCCCUUCGAUUUCCAGAUAAACUCCUCUUAAAAAGUGCAACACUGGUCUGAUCUCCUGGUUUUCAUGGGAAUUUGGUGAGACUCACACACAAGCACAGGCACAAUAGUGCAUAGUUAAAUGCAAGCAUUGACCUUACAGUCUGCGAGUACGGGUCUGAGGAGGACUAUAGGAGCUGGAAAGCCCCCUUAAAUCUCAGACUGCAUUUGUCAUGAGCAUGUUACCUCAACAGAGUUUAAAAACAAAACAAAAAAAAAUUACCAAGAGCAAACUGGUAAUUAUGUCUGAACAGAAGCAGGACAAAUAAAGAUUCAAACACAAA